CUUGCCGGCACACUCUCAACCGUGCAGAACAGUGCACGUUGAAUGCUGCGCCGAAGUACAACCUGCUCCGAGGACACAAGCAACCCCGGCACGGCAUCUACGUCUACAGCAGCAUCCUCCACACCGUUACCAUCUAUUCCUCCAUCCAGGCGUCAUCCUCGUCGCUGGUCCGGUAUGCCAUUCCUAGGACAAGUCAACUUGUUGAUUUUCGUUGGUCUGUUUGUCAUGGCAUUGGCCAGCCAAGUCGUUGACGAGACCGCUUCAGUCAGAAUCCCGCCCGGUUCAAAGAGCGGUCGGAUGACGUUCGCCGAGUCUGCCCAGUUGCAAGCUGGAGAGUUGUCCGUGAAUGCUCUGGGAGGAGGUGAAUUCAUGGCAAAAGCCCCAGGUAUGCGCGCAAUGCCAUCCGCCUUCGCUUCGGACGCAUCGCCUUCCCUCGGUCAAGACAUCGCGUCGUCCUUUCGACAGUCGCCAAAGUCCUUUGACGCGUCCAAAGUCGAUCGCAUGUUAGUUUGGAAUGGUCAUGUCGACCUUGUCGUUGCGUUUGGUGUGUCUGAAGCAUGGACCAACCUCCAACAACGCAUACAGGAACUCGUCAACGACGCGACCUCGAACGGGUACAUCGAAAACGAAAGCGAGCACAGCCACGAGCGCUACAUCCCGCACGACUGCCGCAACUCCAAGGACAACUCGACAACGUCAUGCCCCGACGGAAACUACGGACGCACAGUGGUGCUGCGAAGCUGGAGCGUUGUGUGGCGGGUCCCUUCUUCGCUAUUUGCCACAAGCUUAGAUGCAGCCGCCGCUCUUGUCAUCCCAGGCGUGUCGUGGGUCAAAGAUAAAUCAGCAUCGGCGAGCGACAUCACCGAGCAGUUCAUCGACACAAAGAGCCGCGAGAGCAUGCUCACUGCCGCGUACAACACGCUAGAGAAGGUUCUCGUCCAGGCCACGACGACCGCCGAGGUGAUGGACGUCAUGCGGGAGUUGCAGCGCGUCGCCGAAUCGUUGGACCAGACGCAACAACAUGCGGCGUACUUGAGCAAAAGUGCCAGCCUGAGCACGUUGCGAGUCAGCAUCGACGAAGCGCCACCAUCGCGUUUGCUGGUGGUGAUUACGCCCGCAAUCGAAGCCCACGAGGCCGAAGAGCCGUGGACCCCCGCGGCAUCCGUGUCUCGAGCGUUCCACUGGCUGAAAAAGACAUUCCAGUGGACCAUGGACGCGCUGAUUGUGGCUGUCAUAGUGGGCGGCCCCGUUGCAGCCGUAGCCACUGCAGCGGUCGUGGCAGGACGAAGCUGUCUCCGCCCUCAAGGCAUCCCGGCUUAUGACCGAGUCGAAUAAACUACCCCGUUCAACGAUGCUCGGGUAUUUUGUGCCGGCGCUGGCGACCUCCCUUGCACAUGAGUACUCCUAAACCACCCAGGAACGCUUUCGAGUUGUUUCAACUCGCCGCGUCAGUUGUUGGAAGAGCAGCCAGGUCAACCCUGUAUUCACAAGGGCUAGCAUGCUUAACAUGUGGCUCAAGGGUCGAUCGUGGCGCUCUUGCACCAUCUCCA